AGAUGAGAGAUGUAAUGUUUGUCUCUGUUGUGUUGAAGACCAAUCAAGCAGGAGAGACCAGCCUCCCCUGAACCCAGCUGUGUGUCCAUGAAGAGUGACCAGUCUAUGGGUCAACCUAUAUCCUUUAGAGAGGGAGACUUUUCUACUGAACAAAGAAACCAACAGGAGAGAUCAGAGUCAGACAUUCUCAGUCGUCAGUCUUCCCAGAGUCAUCAAACAGACCUGGCCUCCAUUUUCAGUUUGCUUGAAGAGAAAAUGAUGACAUUUGUGAAGAAUGAGCUGAAGAUGUUCAAGAGGAUUCUUAGUCCAGAACUCCCAGAAGGCUUUGAGAGUCAGAAGCAGGAUAAGGAAGUGGUGGACGCUGAAGAUGAGAAGCAGGAGAGCAGUGCCAGAGAGGGGGCUCUGAAGAUCACACUGCACAUCCUGAGGAAAAUGAACCAGAAGGAGCUUGCUGACACACUAGAGAAUUAUUCAGAUGAGCUUGCUGUGAUUUGCCAACGUGAACUCAAAUCUAAUCUAAAGAAGAAGUUUCAAUGUGUAUUUGAGGGGAUCGCUAAACAAGGAAACCCAACACUUCUCAGUAAGAUCUACACAGAGCUCUACAUCACAGAGGGUGGAACAGGAGAGGUCAAUAAUGAACAUGAGCUGAAACAGAUUGAGACAACAACCAGGAAACAAGCAAGACCAGAGACUGCAAUCAAAUGUAACGACAUCUUCAUACCCUUAACUGGACAAGACAAACUUAUCAGAACUGUGCUGACAAAGGGAGUCGCUGGCAUUGGAAAAACAGUCUCUGUGCAGAAGUUCAUUCUGGACUGGGCUGAAGGAAAAGCAAAUCAGGAUGUCCAAUUUGUAUUUUCAUUCCCUUUUCGGGAGCUAAAUUUGAUGAAAGGUGAAAAUUUCACUUUCAUUGAACUUAUCAAUCACUUCUCAAUGGAAACCAAACAAUCAAGAAUCUCCAAUUACAACAAGUACAAAGUUCUGUUCAUCUUUGAUGGUCUGGAUGAGUGCCGACUGCCCCUAGACUUCCAGAAGAACAAGAUCUGUUGUGACGUCACAGAGUCAACCUCAGUGGAUGUUCUGCUGACAAAUCUCAUCAAGCGAAAUCUGCUUCCCUCUGCUCUCCUCUGGAUAACUACCCGACCUGCAGCAGCCAAUAAGAUCCCUUCAGGGUGUGUUGACCAGGUGACAGAGGUACGAGGGUUCAAUGACCCACAGAAGGAGGAGUACUUCAGGAAGAGAUUCAGUGAUGAGGACCUGGCCAGCAGAAUCAUCUCACACAUAAAGACAUCAAGGAGCCUCCACAUCAUGUGCCACAUUCCAGUCUUCUGUUGGAUUUCUGCAACAGUCCUUGAACACAUGCUGAAACAUAAGAGAGAAGAGAUGCCCAAGACUCUGACUGAGAUGUACACACACCUUGUGGAGUUUCAUACCAAACAGAAGAAUGAAAAGUAUCUUGGGAAAGAAGAGACAGGUCCACACUGGAAUAAAGAGAGCAUUCUGUCACUGGGAAAACUGGCUUUUCAACAGCUUGUGAAUGGCAAUCAGAUUUUCUAUGAAGGAGACCUGAAAGAGGCUGGCAUUGAUGUCAAUGAAGCCUCAGUGUACUCAGGAUUGUGCACACAACUAUUUAAAGAGGAAUGUGUGCUGUACCAGGACACGGUGUACUGCUUUGUUCAUCUGAGCAUUCAGGAGUUUCUGGCUGCUGUAUAUGUGUUCCUCUCAUUCAUCAACAACAAUGAGAAUCUAAUGGCUGAACCGCAAUCAACGCCCAGGAACCUUUCUGCGCUGUUCAGAGACAAGGCUAAAGAUACUGUCUACAAGAGUGCUGUGGAUAAAGCCUUACAAAGUGAGACGGGAAACCUGGACCUUUUCCUCCGCUUCCUUCUGGGCCUCUCACUGGAGUCCAAUCAGAAGCACUUACAAGGUCUAAUGACAAAGACAGGAAACAGCUCACAGACCCAUGACGAAACAGUCAAGUACAUCAAGAAGAAGAUCAGGGAGAAUCCCUCUCCAGAGAGGAGCAUCAAUCUGUUCCACUGUCUGAAUGAACUGAAUGACCAUUCUCUAGUGGAGGAGAUCCAAAGCUACCUGAGCUCAGGAAGUCUCUCAGAUCACAACCUGUCACCUGCACAGUGGUCAGCUCUGGUCUUUGUGUUGCUGACUUCAGAAAAGGAGCUGGAUGUGUUUGACCUGAAGAAAUACUCCAGAUCAGAGGAAGGUCUUCUGAGGCUGCUGCCAGUGGUCAAAGCCUCCAGAGCUGUUCUGCUGUCAGGCUGUGGAGUCACAGAGGAAAGCUGUGCUUCUCUGAUCUCAGUUCUCAGUUCCAACCCCUCACACCUGAGAGAGCUGGAUCUGAGUAACAAUGACCUGAAGGAUUCAGGAGUGGAGCUGCUCUUUGCUGGACUGGGGAAUCCCCACUGUAAACUGGAGACUCUGAGGCUGUCAGGCUGUCUUGUCACAGAGGAAGGCUGUGCUUCUCUGGUCUCAGCUCUGAGGUCAAACCCCUCACACCUGAGAGAGCUGGAUCUCAGUAACAAUGACCUGAAGGAUUCAGGAGUGAAGCUGUUCUCUGCUGGACUGGGGAAUCCCCACUGUAAACUGGAGACUCUGAGGCUGUCAGGCUGUCUAGUCACAGAGGAAGGCUGUGCUUCUCUGGUCUCAGCUCUGAGGUCAAACCCCUCACACCUGAGAGAGCUGGAUCUGAGCUACAAUCACCCAGGAGACUCAGGAGUCAGACUGCUCUCUGCUGGACUGGAGGAUCCACACUGCAGACUGGAGAAACUCAAUGUGGAACAUGGUGGAGAGAACAGAAUGAAACCUGGGCUUAGAAAAUAUGUCUGUGAUCUCACACUGGACCUAAACACAGUAAACAGACGCCUCUCUCUCUCUGAGGAGAACAGAAAGGUGACAUGGAGGACAGAGGAGCAGCCGUAUCCUGAUCACCCAGAGAGAUUUGAGGACUGGGGACAGGUGCUGUGUAGAGAGGGUCUGACUGGUCGCUGUUACUGGGAGGUAGAGUGGAGCGGGGGUGGGGCUGUUAUAGGAGUGACAUAUAAAGGAAUCAACAGGAGAGGAGGGGGUUAUGACUGUUGUCUUGGAUACAAUGACAAGUCCUGGAGUCUGACCUGCUCUGACAACAGUUACAUUGCCUGGCACAAUGAUAAUUCCUCUACCAUUGACAUCCACCCAUCCAGCUCCCACAGAGUAGGAGUGUAUCUGGACUGGCCAGCCGGCACUCUGUCCUUCUAUAGAGCCUCCUCUGACACACUGACCCACCUGAUCACAUUCACCUCCACAUUCACUGAGUCCCUCUAUCCAGGGUUUCAACUUUAUGUUGAAGGCUCCUCAGUGUCCCUGUAAUAACCUGACACACAAACUUGACACACACACACACACACACUCACACCCACUUGACACACACACACGCACACUAGACACACACACGCACACUAGACACACACACACUCAACGGACACACACACACGCUGGAUACACACACACACUGGACACACACACUGGGAACACACACACACAGACACACACACACACACACGUAGACACAGUCACACACCGGACAUACACACACUCACAUUGGACACACACUCACACACAUACUCACACACAUACACACACUGGACACGCACACAUACAAACUGUUCACACACAUACACACACACACUGGACACACACAGGACACACACACUGGACACACACACUGGACACACACACUGGACACACACAGGACACACACACUGGACACACACACUGGACACACACACUGGACACACACACUGGACACAUACACACUGCGCGUCUUCCUAUAAUUGUGAGGACCUUGACUCAGGACCUUCAAGAAAGAAUAGCCAUUCAGGGCACCAGUCUAGUGAGGACCAGUGGUUGCUUGGCAGUUUCUGGAUCACAGCUUCUAUCCCAGUUCUAUCUGCCUGUUAAAUCAGUUUCUGGACCACAGGUUCUAGAACAGCUUCUAUCCCAGUUCUAUCUGCCUGUUAAAUCAGUUUCUGGACCACAGGUUCUAGAACAGCUUCUAUCCCAGUUCUAUCUGCCUGUUAAAUCAGUUUCUGGACCACAGGUUCUAGAACAGCUUAUAUCCCAGUUCUAUCUGCCUGUUAAAUCAGUUUCUGGACCACAGGUUCUAGAACAGCUUCUAUCCCAGUUCUAUCUGCCUGUUAAAUCAGUUUCUGGACCACAGGUUCUAGAACAGCUUCUAUCCCAGUUCUAUCUGCCUGUUAAAUCAGUUUCUGGACCACAGGUUCUAUAACAGCUUCUAUCCCAGUUCUAUCUGCCUGUUAAAUCAGUUUCUGGACUACAGGUUCUAGAACAUCUUCUAUCCCAGUUCUAUCUGCCUGUUAAAUCUUCAACCUAAACUGUUUCCAUCAGACUAUUAGAACAUGACUGAACCUUUUGGUUCCUUUUCUGAUCUUUUACCACUUUGCAUUUUUAUGAUAUAUUUUACUGUUUGUGUUUGUACCACAGGAGAUUGGUGGGACCUUAAUUGGGGAGGACAGGCUUGUAGUGGCUGGAGGGGAAUAAGUAGAAUGGUAUCAAACAUGUGGUUUCCAUGUGUUCCAUUUCAUUCACUCUGUUCCAGACAUUAUUAUGAGCCGUCCUCCCCUCACCAGCCUCCUCUGGUAUGUACUGUCCUAUAUGUGAGAGAUCCAACAAGGAAUUACAAUGUAUGUAUUACUUUUAAUACCUGCAAAUGGCAAAUAAACUACUUGAACUCCUUA